AUGGUUCAGAUCAGGCUUGCCAGUUUCCCCAGGGGACUUCCCGCGCCAAUCCGGCCGCGAGAAGCCGCCUCCAUCCCCGGGCGAGAGGCUCCCUCCCUCCCUGCCUCCCUCCCGGCCGCGCGGCGGUGGAUGCGGUUGCCGUGGCAACGGAGCCCCGGCAUCUCCCGUCGCCCAGCAACCGUUGCCCGGGCAGCCGAGUGCUGCUCCGGCGGCAUCUCCGCCUCGCUCCAUCCCUCGGCCGCCCCUCCCGCCCCGCGCUGGGAGCCGGCCAGGCGGGCAAUGCGCAGGCUCCGGCCCGGCCCGGCCAGCCCCACGGCUCACUUGCAUCCCUCCAUGAUGGCGCUCAGGCGGCGGCUGCUGCGGCUGCUUCUCCUCCUCCUGCCUCUGCUCCGCUACAGAGUCUUGGCUGUUGAGCUGACAUCCGUCAACACACAUCCCGUGGUGCAGGAAUUUCAGCGUGCCGAUCUUUCCUGCAUAAUUUCCUCCACCAAGACCCCGAGUCCCAGGAUCGAGUGGAAGAAAAUCGUAGGCAAGGACACCACCUAUGUCUAUUAUGAUAACAAGAUGCAAGGAGACUGGGGGACCCGGGCACAGCUCCAGGGCAGGACAUCGCUGGUCAUCCAUAAUGUGACCCGUGCGGAUAAAGGCAUUUACCGAUGUGAGGUGGUGGCACCCGAAGAUGUAAAUAUUGGAGCUGAGAUCAACAUCAACCUGACUGUUCAUGUGAAACCAGUGGCUCCUAAGUGCCGAGUGCCCCCGUCAGUGCCUGUGGGUAAAUCCGCCACCCUCCACUGCCAGGAGAAGGAAGGCUUCCCGGAACCAACUUACAGCUGGUACCGCAAUGCUGACUCUUUGCCGGCCGACUCCAGAUCCAACCCCAAAUUCCAGAACUCUUCUUUCACUGUGAACUCAAAAACAGGCACUCUGGUCUUCACAGAAGUACACAAAGGAGACACGGGCCGUUACUACUGCAUAGCGACCAACAACGUGGGUUCUGCCAAGUGUGAAGAACAGCAGAUGGAAGUCUAUGACCUGAACAUCGCCGGGAUCAUUGGAGGCGUCCUGGUGGUUGUUGCUGUCUUGUCCUUGAUCACCGUGGGAAUCUGCUGUGCCUACAGGAAAGGGUUCUUCGUAAACAACAAGCAGAAUGGAAACAGCUAUAAGACACCGACCAAGCCAGACGGAGUGAACUAUAUCCGCACAGAUGAAGAGGGUGACUUCAGACACAAGUCCUCGUUUGUUAUAUGAAACGCCGAGAAACUGGAUUUUGCCCACCAGCAAGAAUGGAGCGUGGAAAUGAAAUACCUCCAUCUGGAACUCUUUCAGCAAGAGCAGAUAACAAACACUGUGUGGCUGGCGGCAUUUAGCGAGAGCGCGCCAAACCACAUGUGCACCUGUGUGCAAACCUGAUUUUACUUUUUUUUUUCCCCCUGCCAAAGCCAAGCAGUGAUUUUUAACA